AUGGCAGCAACAUGUCAGGCGCUGAAUCUAUCAGAUGAACAGAAGUGCUCGGCAGAAGCUACUUCGGCCAAUGGCUUAUUUUGCCGCUUUCAUGCAAAGCAGGCAUACGGGCUGUAUCGAGGAUACAAACUGCGGAAUGCGACAUUCGAUCACUUAGAUGCCAAUCCACCAGCCUGGCUGUCUGGAAAGCUCUCGGAUCAAGUCCUACGAAACAUCUCUUUCGCAGAUGUUGAAGAUGAAAACACGCUCAAUGAAGUGCAUGACCACCUGUUCAAAAGGUAUGCUCUUUUGGAUCGGGUAAUCCGGGCACGCAAGCUUCAUCAGCAGCAUUUCUAUCCUUUGGACCUCGAUUAUGGUCACAAAGCGUACGUAGACAAGCUUACGAACGAGCGCUUCGUCACGCUUCGUGCUCUUGAAAGACUCGAGAAAAGAGCCGCAGAAGUGCUCCACGCACAGAAAAAAUGGUUCAAAUUCGUACGACAGCAGCAAGAAGAGGAAGAAGAGGCCCGCGAGAACGAGAGCAAGCAGAUUAAGCGCGAAGCCGCACUGUUCCGGCGCUAUGUCAAGGAUACUCAAGCCCGUAUGGCAAGGAAGCGGCAGCGAGAAAACCAACGAAGACAAGAAGCACACCUGAACGAAGCAUACAAGGAGCGCCAGAAUAUGAGCGAAGACGAAGAGCAGGAGCAGUGGGACCCCAUUGAAGACGAGCUCGAGGAGGACCGAGAGAAAUUUAUCGAUAUCAUGCGUCGCCUACUGUGGUUGACUACCUCCGAAGAGACACUCACAGCACUUGAUCAGGCUCCCUCACGAGCGGCACCGCAAGUCUCCAAUGACACAGGCAUGGAGCGUGCUGAGUCUCAGCCUUCGGUCACAGAGAUUGUCAGCUCUGAGUCUGUUCCCAACAACCCUUCGAGUCGAGCAUUGACUUCCAAUAAAGUCAUGAACAGAAAUCAGAAGAAACGAGCCAAGAAGCAAGCGAAGGCCCAGGCUGCUCCAGCUGAUGAUGUGCCUUCCGAUGACAGCCUCAAGAUUGAAGUUAAUGAAACAGCCGAGCAAAUUGGGGCCCGGCUGCUCAGUGGGGAGGCCUAUGACUGGAGAGGCGGUGUGAGUAAAGGUGGAGUCAUGGCUGGAACGAUGGAACACCCAGCGGAGCUACAUGGCAAGAUCCUUGGCCUGCCGCAGGACGAAGUCGACAAAUUGAUCGAAGAGAUUGGCGAGAUCAAGCAACUGUUGCUGUGCAGACUCAUUCUCGGGCAAGCAGCGUUGCUACCUGCUGCAUUGCGAGCGUCCAGUCUGCAGGAAUUUUUUCUGGACCCGGAGGUCAAUGCCACGCAGCUCAGAGAUCUUUGCCUGAGGUUGGAGCAGCCCAGCCUCCAGGAACUUCGCGAUGCAUGUGCCGAUUUCGCACGAGGGGAAUUAGAGGACAGCGAUGAUGAGGUCGAUGAAGAUGAAGAAGAUGAGCAGGAAGCAUACGACCGAAGCAUUGCGCCUAAACCACACAGAUUGUUCCGCAAGCAGAAACGAGCACUGCCAGACUACUGGAAGGCUAAUCACGAGAAGCAGAGCAAAAAGCGGACUGUGUACAACGAAGGCGCAACCCGUGUAGACUUCGGAGACAUUGACGACAAUGGCCAGUUCCAGAGCAAGAAGAUUCGCAUCAGAGUCUGCGGUAAAACUAUUUGGAACUAUCCCUCGGAGCGCUCUGUGAGCAGACGAGGGUGGCUACACUUCUCCAUAAUUGCGAAAGGCACGAAACUUGGGAGCGCCAUCCAACUAUGUCGUAACUGGAAUGAGUUCUACGAGCUCAACAUUCUCGCGCUUUUCGGAUAUUUUCCAAAUGCUGCCUGGGGCGAAUGGGCAGGGGAUUCGGGACGCUCACGCUUCCUGUUGCUGGGCUUCAUACCAAGAUUCACCUUCUUUGAUGCUCAUCGCGUAACCACUCCAGAAGGCGGACCAGCUCGUGGCGCACCAAUCGUCGAAUGCAAGAAUGUGAUAUGCGCCCACAUCAAACGCAACGAUCCAGUCAGCCGGAGAUUCAUCCAGUAUUUGAUGUUAUUCACCUCUGAGUUAUGCAUUCUAGUUCGUGAUGCCAAAACUGGGCACAUCAUUCUCCAGCCACCAAAAGAGGAACAGUGGCUAGCGCGGACUUAUAUUGGAGGGCGCUGGAAAAUCACGGGUGAAGUGAACGAGGAAAUGCUUGAGCAAUUCUCCGAUACGCAUGCCUACAGCGAUUUUCGAUUUGGCUUCGACGAGCACUACGAUUUGAUCAUCUGGGACCUGGAACCGGGUGAGCACUGGACCCAGCUGGAAAGCAGAGUGCACGACUGUCUCAUCAAAGCGCAUCGCCUCACAAAAGCGCUCGACGGCUACUAUGUCGCGGCGCCCAUUCUAAAGACAGUCCAUCGCGACCACGAUUCCAUGCGCUGUAGGGAUGUACGCCCAGGUGAAAUGUCCAUAUUUGACGAUAUGAACCACCCCGGAACACGCUCUCUAGACCGCAUCAUCGAGUUCAAGAAUGGCAAGCAAGCCAGCGCUCGCGACAUGACCACAAAGGAGAUUCACGAGAAAUACUACAACGAGAUUGAUGCGGCUGAAGACGAGAUCCUGUUUCCGGAGGAGUUGCAAGGGCUACAAAUAACUGCCAUUGGUGACCAUGCCGAUAGGAUCAAUCGUGAGCUUGAAGCCCAGGGGCCUAGUUUGGUGCGAUUCGUCAAUGGCCUAGAUACCGACGAUGACUCUGAUGCCGAUCCGGAUCUGGUCGAGCGACUCAAUCGUCCACGCCUUGAGGCGGAGAAGAAGUCUAGUCGUCCGCAGCUUGAGGCGAAGGUGAAGUCUUCUCAUGCAAAACCAUCCAAAAGCCUCGCUUUGAGGCAAAAGAACGCAGCGUUCAAUGGGAACCAGAUCGCGUCAAGAUCCGGGCCUGUGGGCAAGAGGAGACCAAAAAGUGCCAAAGAGUUCGAAAAUCGGCUGCGAGAAGCUGGCGAGCGCGUGCACGAUUGGCAAAAGGAGGAAGACAAGUGUCCGAACGAUUUUGCGCCCGAUUGCGAAUGCGCAGUCUGUGCUGAAGCUGAAGGAUGGGAAGAAUAUAUUGCCGAAGCUGCAAGAUUGUUGGAAGACGAUACUGAAGGUUCGGAUUGGAGCGAUUCUGACAUCCCCAGCCCCGAAGCCCUGUAUGAAGUCUGCGAUGCCGAUCUUGAAGCUGUGGAAUCGGACCCGAGAGAACUGAAGAGACUGAAGACAUUCGUCUUCGGGCCUUACGCUCGGAGCGAGGACAUUGACAAGCAAUUCUGGCUCUUCACCGAACGCGAGAAGGCAAAGGCGUUCAAGCCACAAAUCCACGCUGCUGACAUUGAACCGGGCGCCAUGGAGCGCUACGCGGAGCUGCAGCAAUUCCAAGAAGAAUCACGGCGAGUGAACGCGAAAUGCGGCUAUAUGCGUGGCAAGGCGGCGCAGACGCAGAUGUGGUUGAAUGUGCACCAAAGUGAGCACCGCCUAGUCUUCCGCGACCUUGAAGCCACAUAUGCGUUCGUUGGAUUGUUCUUCCCUGCCGAUCGCGAGAAGUAUGGUGACGCAGUUGCGGAUUGGCGACAAAAUCUCGCGACCCGUACCAAGCUAGUCGACAACCAGUACAAGGCGACGCAACUCCCUUACUACCGCGACUGGCGCAGCGAUGAGCUUCUUCCUAAGGACUUCUGGCCUCCUUGCAAGAACAACGAUGCCUAUAUCCCAUUGGAGACAGCGAGCCGGCUCAAGAAGCCACCGCGGGAAUGGGAUGCCUUGACGAGACCAAUCAUCGCACGGUUGUAUAAGGCAGGCAUAAUCUCACCUUCGCCCAUCAGUCUCCCUUGCGGACGCGCUAUAGCCCGCGAGGACCCGAUGACCGGCGAACAGAGAAUGUUUAUCGACUUUCGCAAGUCCCUCAAUUUUCGAGGCGAGGCCAUAGGCGACCGAAGCCAUAUUACUGACUUCCGAGCGGUUGACCUACUCGGACUCGCAAGGGAGCACAACAUGCGCAAUACACCAGGCAAAUCUCACUUCGCCCUGUUGCGCGUGUACAGCCAUCCCAUGUUCUGGCCGGUUGUAAUUGGGUUCGAUACACGCGAGUACAUGACAUUUGAAGAUUGUCGAGGGAGAGCUUGGUCUUGGAAGUUCUAUCCGAAGGACGCUGCAGGAAGUCAGUGGAGUUUUCAAAACGCCCUUGACUCGAAGCUGAAGCGAUGGCGACCACAACUUGGAAAGAACGUCCAGGUGAGGAGAGACAUUGUGCUUGUGAUGGGUAAUACCCGGGAAGAACUGGAGCAGAUGAUGCUGGGAACUGUCUUUGCUCUGCAGACUGCGAAUUGGAGGAAUGAAGUGGACUUUUGGAGAAGUUUCGUCGAUGUCGAUUUUGAAUUUCUGGAUAAUCUGGACAAGAAGUGGCUGGAGUGAGAUAUUUUGAAGCGGUGCCGC